UGGGAUCUUUGGGUUUGAGAGAGAGAGAGAAUAUAGAGAGAAAGGGGGAGGAAUAUAAAAUCUAUAUCCAUAGAUAAAAGAGAGAAUAAGAGAUACAUCUAACCUAGGAAGCCCUGACUCUUUAAAAGGAAAACCUUAAACUAUAAACAAAUAGGGUCAUGGCCUAUCUCACUAUAUAAUGAUACAUCAUUAUUAAUUGAGGUGAAAGAGUAAAAAAAGAGAGGAAGAAGAACCAGAACAAGAACCCAGAAGCAGAAAAAGGAAGUGUUGGGGUGGUUUGAUCAUCAAUGGUAGCAUCAGCCAUCAGGUUUCUGUUGUAAUGUUUUAUUGUGUUUGGGUGUGAGGAGGACUGUGGAGGAAGAAGGAGUAAUGUGUCGUUGUUUUCCGGAAGAAGUGUAGAGGAAGAGGAAAAGAGAGUUAAGAGCAGCAAGGCCGAGAAGAUUUGUGAUAGUGGGGAAGGGUUCAAGUUUCAACUGGAGAGACAUGCUCAGAUCCAUCCAAACAUCACUGUUCUUCACUCUACCAAAUUCCAAAGGAAGCUGGUCUAGUUCAUGUUAAGCUGGGGGCAGUUCUUCUUUCUACUUUUCUGUUUUUGUUUGAGGACUACGAAAAGCAAGUGAAAAAGAUCUUUUUCGGCAUUGUUUGAUUUUGGAGGAUUUUGCAUCUUAAUUUACAGAUGCUGGGGAAGAGUUAGGGAAAUGAUAUAGUGAGGCAAAACAUUACCGAAGAGGGUUCUGAUCAAAGUUCUGUUCAUUCAACAUUGUCAACUGUUAAUUGCCCCAUUGUUGUGUAAUUCCAUUGGUUCACAAAUUUUACAUCUUCUCUAUCCAAGAUUUUGAGCUUAAAGAUGGGCUCUCCACCCUGGCAUGGUAAUGCUAAACAUUUAGGUCAACUACAAGAUCAAGAUUCAUCCUCAACUCAAUCAACUGGGCAGUCUCACCAUGAUGUAGUGGCUGUUGGGGGAGGCGCUUUUCAUGGGCAAUGCAUUUCAGCACAAUCAGGAAUUGUUCAAAGGUAUGGAAAGCGAACAGGUCACAUGAAACCUGUUGUUUCACUGGGAAAUCCUGAUUUUGUCUUCCCUGCUUCGCAAGUUGAUUUCAGCCAGACAGUGGCUCCCAUUCAAUACUGUUAUGCUGAUCCAUAUGUUGGUGGACUAGUGGCCGCAUAUGGACCACAGGCUAUUAUUCAUCCCCAAAUGAUGGGGAUUGCACCUGCACGAGUUCCACUGCCUCAUGAUCUUGCCAAAGAUGAACCUGUCUAUGUUAAUGCAAAGCAGUAUCGUGCAAUUGUCAGACGGAGACAGUCCCGAGCCAAGCUGGACUCUCAAAACAAACUUAUUAAGGGUCGAAAGCCAUACCUUCACGAGUCUCGUCAUCUUCAUGCAUUGAAAAGGGUUCGGGGUUCUGGUGGACGCUUUCUUAACGCGAAAAAGCCACAGCAAAGCAAUCCUGGUGCAGCCGCUGAUGACAGGGAUGCUUCAGACUUUGGUCAUCUGCAGCUGGGUGGAAAUCUCUCGGAGUCGGAAGUACUUCAAUCAGAGAAUGGGAAUGGUAGUGUUUCUUGCACAUCUUGUUCUGAUGUGACGAGUGGCUCCAAUGGUGAUGAAAUCUACCAUCAAUCAGAUACCAGAUUCUUACUCUACCCUCCAGACAUGGAUCCGACCAUGCAAGGUGGUGAUGGGUAGCAGCACCGUGUACCUGUCAUGCAUUGAGAGAUUGGGAGAGCUACAGGCAGAUGAGUGGUUCAUCUAGGGGAAUCUUGGAUCAUGAUUAACCUCUUUCUGGCCUCGUGGUAUUCCUCAGGCAAUUCAUCCUUGGCUUUGUUACUGCGGUUUUGAUAUUCCAUUCUUGCUGGCUUACUUGUUAAAGGCAAUAGACAUGGAUAGUGUUAUUGACUGGUUUCUUGGAUCUGUGAAAACAAUUGGGCACCUGAGAAAGGCUUGUUUGACGAUACUGGUGAUAGUUCUAUAUAUUCUCUAGGUUUCAUCA